AUGUCGAGACCAUCAUCAUCGAGAAACAGUCUGCAUCUUGAGCCUCCCAGGAAAAGUGUCGAACUAGAGGAUCCUGGUGCUCAUGAGUUAUCGUCAGAAGGCGAAGACGAACACUUCUCAGAUGCCUCAGAGGGCCAGAAAAGACCCUCCCGGCCUGUCACUCCAGCAUCUCCCAUUCCAAAGACACGAAUUGAAAAGGUCGACGAUGAGCCAAGAUAUGGCGAGGUUCCCGGCACGCCUGCGUACGAGAAGCGAGUCCUCGAUGCUGUGCCUGAUGAGGUUGAGGUUGUCCAAGAAGGUCGCCUCAGUAAACGCUCCUCUCAGCUGCUCGAACCACCCACAACCCCGGGAGGGACUCUCAUACCACGUACUGUCGUUGAGAAGCUUGACCCUGAAUCUCCAAGCUAUGGUGAAAUCCCAAAGACUUCGGCCUACCUGCAGAGACGGAUGGAUGCCGUUCCUGAUGUCAUUUUGAAGACUCCGGAGCCUGGGAGGAGACAACAUUACAACGACGAUGAGGGAGGAGACGGAGAGGGAUCUUCUAUCUCCCCAGAUAUUCAAGUGCCCGAAACUAUCGUUACCCGGGUCGAUAGUAACCCCGCCCAUGGCGAAGUCCCAGGCACAGAAGCGCAAAAGAAGCGAAAACUUGACGCUGCACCAGAUAUUACCGAGAAGCAGGGCAGCGGAGCAGGGUCACCAAUUCUCAACAGAUCUUUGAAUGCCACAAGGCGGAGAUCCACCUUACACGACGACGAUGACGAUGACAACAAUGGCAACGAUCAUAAUGACAACGACUUCGGAGACGAUUUCGAUGAGUUUGAAGAAGGCGCACAAGCCGGGGCUGAUGAUGACUUUGGGGACUUUGGCGAUGGCUUUCAAGAACCUGAAAAUGUCGAGUCACCGCCUCCUGUAUCUACUUCUCAAUCAAGUUUUAUACCAGCUGAUGCAUUCCCCUUGAUCGACUCUGGUGCCCUUUCAUCAAUACCAGACUUCGUUACUGCCGCACAAAUGCACUUAGACGCCAUGUUCCCAUCUUCCACAACCGACUACUCCUCUCGAAUUCCACCACAGCAACCGAUCCCGGAUUCCUCGCCCAUCUUCCCCUCGGACCGCUCACGCUCACUCUGGAAGCAACUCAUCACACCACCUCCGCUUCAACCGCCGAAUUGGACGCAAUCGCGAAUCCGGCGGUUAUUCCUAGUCAGUCUCGGCGUACCGGUUGACCUGGACGAGAUUCUGCCGCCGAGCAAACAGAAGAAGCUCAUUCUGCCGGAUAUCAAUCUAGAACCCUCGUCGCGCAGAUCGGAAGGAGACAAGACAAUAGGUUCCCUAGCACGUCUCAAGGCACAAGCUGGUGCCAAUGAUUCAUCUGCCUCGCUUGACAGCACACAGUCAGGUGCUGCCAAGGAAGGCCAAAGAGCAUCUCGUUCAAGAAAACCGAAGGGACCCCCUCCGCCACCAGAAUUAGACCUCGCGGCUGUUAAACGCCUCUGCGCCACCACCGAAGAAAAGCUAGAAGGCCUAACCGAUGAAGAAUUGCAGAGCCACGUCGAGGAAUUAAAUGGAUUGACGGCCAGAACAAGUGAAGUCUUGGAGUACUGGCUGAAGAGAAGGGAUGGAUUGGUCAAGGAAAAGGAAGCCUUUGAGGGCGUCAUCGAGAAUCUGGUCAGGCAUGCUAGGAGGGUGAGGAAAUGA